GCCGCCGAGCUCCCCUCAGCGAGCGGCCGCGAGGGGCGGGGCGGGGCGGGCGCGGGGGCGCGCACGCAGCGGCGCACGCGCACGGCGGGGCGCGGCCGCGGCACGCGGGGCCUGCCCGCCUCCCCGGCGUGAGAAAACAGACUGAGCCAUCUCAAGCAGUCCCUGUUACAAAGUCUGCUGACAGCCCUUUGCUCCUCUGCUCAGGACGCGCUGGGAGGAUCUCGUCUGCAAGAGCUGUGCAAGAAACAUCUGCAGGGAGAAAAUACCCUUCGGACACAGUGCCUGGGGCAAGGCUUGUGCUGCGGGCUGCUAGGCAAGACGGGUUUUACUCAGAGCAGCAAGAACACCGCCGAGGGAGAGGAAUGGAGCGCCUGGCCUCCUUCAGCAACGACCCUUUCGAUAAACCUCCGUGCCGAGGUUGCUCUUCGUACCUGACAGAGCCCUACGUGAAGUGCGCCGAGUGUGGGCCGCCCCCCUUCCUCCUGUGCCUGCAGUGUUUCACACGAGGAUUUGAAUACAAGAAGCAUCAAAGUGAUCAUACGUAUGAGAUAAUGACUUCCGAUUUCCCUGUCUUGGACCCUAACUGGACGGCUCAAGAGGAAAUGGCUCUCCUGGAAGCUGUGAUGGACUGUGGCUUUGGAAACUGGCAGGAUGUAGCCAACCAGAUGUGCACAAAAUCCAAGGAGGAGUGUGAGAAACAUUAUAUGAAACACUUCAUCAACAAUCCCUUGUUUGCGUCGACGUUACUGAACCUGAAGCAGGCGGAGGAGGCGCAGCACAACGAAACGGCCAUUCCCUUCCACCCUGCUGACGAUCCCCCACGGCCUACUUUUGAUUCCUUGCUCUCCAGGGACAUGGCUGGGUACAUGCCAGCGCGAGCCGACUUUGUGGAGGAGUUUGACAACUACGCUGAAUGGGAUUUGAGAGAUAUUGAUUUUGUAGAAGAUGAUUCAGACAUUUUGCACGCUCUGAAGAUUGCAGUUGUAGAUAUCUAUCAUUCCAGGUUAAAGGAAAGACAGAGAAGAAAAAAAAUUAUAAGAGAUCAUGGCCUAAUCAACCUCAGAAAGUUUCAGAUUUUGGAAAGGCGCUAUCCAAAGGAGGUUCAGGACCUUUAUGAAACAAUGCGACGAUUUGCACGAAUUCUCGGACCAGUAGAGCACGAUAAGUUCAUUGAAAGCCACGCAUUGGAAUUCGAGCUGCGAAGGGAAAUAAAGCGCCUGCAGGAAUACAGAGCAGCGGGAAUCACCAAUUUCUGUAGUGCCAGGACGUACGACCACCUGAAGAAGACGCGGGCCGAGGAGCGGCUGAAGCGCACCAUGCUCUCCGAAGUGCUGCAGUACAUCCAGGACAGCAGCGCCUGCCAGCAGUGGCUCAGCCGACAAGCCGACAUUGACUCCGGCCUGAGUCCCACGGUACCGGUUCCGUCAAAUUCAGGCAGACGGAGCGCCCCGCCGCUCAACCUCACCGGCCUGCCAGGGACAGAGAAACUCAACGAGAAGGAGAAGGAGCUCUGUCAGAUGGUGAGGCUGGUCCCUGGAGCCUAUUUAGAAUACAAAGCUGCUUUGGUGAACGAGUGUAACAAACAAGGAGGCCUGAGACUGGCGCAGGCGAGAGCGCUCAUCAAGAUCGACGUGAACAAAACCAGGAAAAUCUAUGACUUCCUUAUCAGAGAAGGGUACAUCACGAAAGCCUGAGGACGCCCCAGCGCCGGGGCUGGCGCCGGCAGACGUGGAGAAGCUUUGAAGUCACUUUGAUAGCGCUGAAAGAUUUUAACAGCGUUGAAUGAAGGACGUUUCCUUUUGUUUCAAAUCUUUUGGGGCUUUUUUUUCUGUAAAAACAAGUAGGGAGCUUUGUUAAAUUGUAUGAAUACUGACAUUUCUUUGUCUGGUUUCCUUUUGGCUCUGCUGUUUAGCACCGCUGUUGUCAGAACUACACUGCCGUGUAGUGCUGGAGAGAAUCAUGUGCCACAUAAGCUAAUCUUAAAUGUUAACCGGCAUUCAUUUCUAACACCUCGGGUAGCUAAAAAGAGAAUCACGGUACUUUCAUUCUGCCAGUGACACAGAAUAAGGACAGAAGAGCCGCACAUAAUGAGAGUCACACUUUGUGUGAGUACAGGGGUACAGAUGCUGUCCCCUCCCUGUCCGUACUCCAUCCUCAGUGUCAGCUUUCAGAGGAACGCACAUGCCCGAGGGUAUAAAAAUAGAGCUUGCAGUGGUCCAGUCUUUUUAACUUAAUUGUGAUAAAGGAUGGGAAAGGACAUUGCAGGGAAGCUGCUCAACAGUUGUUACUUUUAUGUGAUAUUAGCACAUAUCCCAGCAGGAGAGCGCUGUGCAGACCAACAAGCUUCAUCUGCUCCUACUUGAUUUGGGAUUGUCAAGUUCCAUAUAAUCCCUCAGUGUAAGGCUUCGUUGCUGUGGCUCGUUGGAAAGGGAGGAUGUUCCAACCAGAGCAGCCUUUUGGAACGUGAAUAAGAUGCUCGGUACCCCAACGUUCUCCCACCAGCGCGGAGCACCUCGGGCCUUGUUCCCUCAGUGUCACAUCAGCACCAACAUACCCAGCUGACCAACACAGCAAUGACAAAGUGUGACAAGUUACUACACACACCCCCCACAUCAGUUGAUCCGUCGUAUGAUUUCAGUACAAAACAUUUGUAUUUGAAAAUACAACUGAAGGAAGAAGACGGUUCUUUUCAGAUGCAGCUUGACGUGGUUCACUAGACAGUAAAGUCAAACAGUUUCCAUUGCUAAGGUACGAUAAUGAAAUAACAUCCUAUGAGCAACCCAACAGCCAAAGCCGGUGGGAUGUUGGCUGCUUUCACGUUCGGGAUCUCAUGGAAAAGCCUGAGCUACAACUGUACUGAUACCCAGUUUAAAAAAAGCCCCAAACCUAAGCCCCUUUUCUUCCCCCGAAGUGUAAAUAUUGUGUGUACCUGAGGUGCCAUUGAAUGUGAAGUGUUUUGGUUUGUAAUAAAGUCAAAAUUACUUGAAA